GCCAACGGAUUGGCUACUGAUUUAGUGUUAAACGCCUGUCAGCGCGAUGCUAACUCGAUACGUACCGCCUGAAAGCAGCAAGCUGGCCAUGCUGCCUAGGCAGUUCGGUCUCGUACAUAAAGUAGACGUAUCGAACGUACGUCGGUCUGGGAAUAUUGGCGGCAUUUCUCUAUCUAUACCUGAAUAAAACGCACCGUUGAAAAUCGAGGAACAAAGGAAUAAAUAAAUCCGAAGAAAGAAGAAGAAAAGGGAGAAGACAGAAAAAUGCAUAUCGCACAAGUCCAAUCUUGGCCUGAGGGGCCACGGUAUGUCGAAGUGGAUGACCUGCCCACGCCGUCGAACAGUCAGAUCCAACUCCGCGUCUUGGCGACAGGCGCCCACCAAGUAGUUCGUUCCCGUGCCUCGGGACAACAUUAUUCGGCCAGAGAACUCCCUCACACUGUUGGCGUUGAUUGCGUCGGCAGGGAUGAUGCUACCGGACAGCUCUACUACCUCUUCACUCUCCAAGGCGGUACUUUUGCUGAGCGCAUCAAUGCCGAGAAAUCUAUCGUUUACCCGCUCCCAAGCGAUGUUGAUCCUGUUUCCUUCGCCGCCAGCGUCAACCCUGCCAUGAGCAGCUGGAUGGCAAUCACUCACCGCACCACCAACUUGCCCAAGGACUUUACCACCGUCAUCAUCGGUGCCACAAGUGCUAGUGGUCGCUUGGCCGCGCACUCUGCCAAGGCCUUGGGGGCUGGAAAGGUCAUCGGCAUCGGCCGAAACGCCGCUACUCUAGAAAAUGUUGACGGCCUCGAUGAUUACGUCGCGCUUCGGGAUCCUGUUGUCGAGACCGACUUUUCCAAAGUGCGUGACUGCGAUCUCGUUCUAGACUACGUCUACGGAGACACGACCGUACACUUGCUGUCGUCAUUAAGCAAGUCCAAGAAAACGGUACAGUAUGUCGAGAUCGGUUGUCUUGCUCAAAGGACCGCCGAAAUUCCCGGUCACUUGCUUAGGUCCUUCGACCUGACCAUCCGCGGCGCCGGCGCCGGGUCAUGGAGCAUAUCAGCACUGCAAGAGGAGCUUCACACCCUGGUUCCGACCAUGGCUCGUUGGAAGCUUCUUCCCGCCCGCUCUGUUCCGUUGAAGAAUAUCGACACAGCUUGGAAAGACGCAUCGUUGGCAAGCGAGGGACGAUUGGUAUACGUACCUUAGAUACUAAUUGCUGGCUCGUUAAUAGAACGUUGCGCGCUCGCAAGCGUGUACAUCUUAAUAAGAGAACAGCUUGAUACACAUCGACAUACUUUUGCGAGAUCUAGAUCAUAGGACGUCGAUCAUUUAGCGCUAAUUAGAUUGUUCAACUAAAACGACAUAACGAUCACUAGCAAAUAGAAGAUCAAUCCCAUCCAUAGUGUGAUC